GAUGGAGAAGGCCAGCCGGCUCGCUGUGUCACAGAAAGUCCCCUUAAGCCUACGUGACAACUCGCAUAGUGUCCCUUUGUGACCAGCUUAAUCGGCAGAAUGCCCGGUCUCUGCGUGCUUUGUCUUGCCGCGGCACUGGCUGCGUUUACCGGGCCCGCCGGCACCGUGGGACCGAUGGUCCGAUGCGAGCCUUGCGACGCCGGUGCGCUCCUGCAGUGCAAGCCGUUGCCGAAGGACUGCCCCGAGCGCGUGAGGGAGCCCGGCUGCGGCUGCUGCAUGACGUGCGCUCUCGGCGAGGGACUGGCGUGUGGAGUGUACACGGCGCGCUGUGGCUCCGGCUUGACCUGCCAGCACCGGCCGGGGGAGAGCCGACCUCUGCAAGCUCUGUUGGAGGGACGGGGACUGUGCUCCAGCGCCGCGUCCAAAAAAACCAACAGCAUUCUCAUACCGGUGCAAAAACAAGAGAACUCCGGCCAUCAGGCAGAAGGCUUCGUCAACGUGAACGUGACCGCGACAACGCCAGUGUUGCCCGGUGUGGCGACCGCGAAGGGCGGGCACAGCCGGGGGUCGAUGGACACCAGGCCUCCUCUUCACAACAAACUGAUCCAAAAGGACCAGAACAGGAAGACUCAGAGCUACAAGUUGGAAUCAGUGUCAGGAGGAGCCAAUAUGUACAUGCACAACUUCUCUCUGGAGAACAAGAGGGAGACCGAGUAUGGGCCGUGUCGGCGGGAGAUGGAGAGCAUCCUGAGCGGUCUUAAAAUCAGCAAUGUGCUCAAUCCGAGGAGCUUCCGCAUACCCAACUGUGACAGAAAGGGCUUCUACAAGAAAAAACAGUGCCGUCCAUCCAAAGGCAGGAGGCGGGGCUACUGCUGGUGUGUGGACAAAUACGGGCAGCCUCUGCCCGGCUACGACGGCAAGGAGCGAGGCGAGACGCAGUGCUACAACCUGGAGAGCAAAUGAGAGGACGGACGGAUGGCGAGUGGACGGAGAGAGGAAGACAGAGAAUGGGUGGGGUGGAAAGAAAGAGAGCGAGAGCGAGACAGAGAGAGAGAGAGAGUGGGGGAGAGAGAGCCAACUUUGCCCUUGCAUGUAGUUUUAUGUAAACAUUUCAAGGGGCUCUGGCCUUUGAUUUCAGGUCCGAUUUCUGUAGAGAGCAAUGGGGAGGGGAGGGGAGGGGAGGGGAAAGGGGGGAGCACAGCCUUAGCGGCCGGCCAAGUCUCCUGUCCAUUACAGCUAUCUGUCCCUGUGCUUAUAGGCAACCUUUAUCCUUUCUUUAAAACAAAAAUAUAAACAAAAGCAGAUAAGCUGAAAGCUGAGAGAGAAGGGGAAGAAAGAGAGAAUCCUACCACCUGCACUAUUCUUUUAGAGAGAGAGAGAAAGGAAGGAAGGAAGGAGGGACUUUUCCACUCACUUCAAAGAAGCCUUGUUUGUGACUGUGACCCGAAAAGAAGAAUAAGAACGCACCACCACCAUUUCUAUUGAUUGUGUGCGUGUCUAUCUGUGAGUCUGAGAGUCUGUGUGCGUGUCCUAAUGCGUGAGCACUUGCAUAACAUACUUGUGCACAGCUGCAUGUCUGUGCAAGAUGGCACGCGAAGUGUGCGCUUUCCCAAAAGUGUUUAUUCGUGUAAAUACAAUAAAUCACUAAGCUCAGUUUAGAGAUGUCAGGCUGCCCGUCCCCAGCCACCGCUCCAUUACAAACAAUGCAGGAAAAGUAAACGCUCUCCUGCUCAGGGUCCAUGUUGAAGGGAAGGAUUAUGGGAUGGCAGGGCUUUGGUUUCUUAUCCAGCUCCAAAGGCCCUCCCUGUUGUCUCUGGUUUGUCCCUUGCCCUGCUAUAGGGAAGGGGAUGGAGGUGAAACCUGCGGUUACAGUGCCUUAAAACAACAGUCCUUUCCAUGCCUCCCUCCACCCCUCCCCCCCUUCACCACCUGUAGUGCGCCAAUAAAGGAAUACUCCAGAUUGGUAGCAUACCCUUUUGUGGAGGACAAGCGGCUGCAGUUUCAUAGUCUGGCCACCAAACAUAGACAAUAGAUUUCAAGGAUCGUCGUGCGAAAAACGGCGUAGAAACAUCCGUAGAAACUUAAGAAACCACUCCUCCAGCAGACGUUUUACUGAAUGGACGGAUCAACAGCAUUAAGAUGUAAAAUAUGCCAACAUAUUAGCCUGGUUUCAUUGAUGAAAAGCUACUUUUUGUAUCAUCUGCUAAAACGUUCCAGUUUUAACAAAAUGAAAGGGGCUAACGGGAAGGUCUUCCUUCUCAUUGGUUGGUGCAAAACAACCCCAAAUAACAACCAAUCACUCGCAUCCGAUUGGAGAACGAAGCCAACAGAAAGUGGCAAUUCAGUCAGACUAUCGGGCCUCUCAAAUCUGGCUGAGGUCACAGCUUCCAGAAGAGUUGCCGGUUUAUGUUUGCAGUGUCACGCUAACUGUGCUGACAACAAAGAGAAGUCGUGUAUUUAGCGCCGCGGCACGAAUGCGUGGAAGUUGGGGAGGUGGAUAGUUGCUGCUGCAGUGGUUUGAGAAGUUUCCAUGGACAUUUAUAUACGUUUGUGUUACUCUGGGUUUCCAAUGGAGUCCACUGUAACUGCUGUGAAUCUCCAGUAUUUCAAACUCAAAGGGUGGAUUGCAGGUGGAGUAUUAUUGUGAGGCGCUCACCUGCAGAGUCGCCUGACUUCCGUCUCUUUCCCGCAACAUACCGUCCUAGUCCCCGUCCAUGUCCCCUUGUUCCACUCCAAUCCCCGUCCUUGCCCGCUGCGGUGCCGAGGUCCUCCACUCCUAUAUGUCUUUACCCCCCGUCUUCAACGUUGUCCUCAUCUGUGACCCUAAUCCCUGUCUCCAAACCCACUUAAACCGCGAUGUUGGUCCUCACUCCGACACCUUUCCCGGCCUCCGGUCCUUUUCCUGUCAGUGGUUGCAACCUGGUGUAGGCUUGUUUGAACGGGACGAGCCCGUUGUGACCGGCCCGCCCUGCCGCAGGUGCCAGCUGCCCCUAUGCUUCAAGCCCAAGCACAAGCACUUAAAGCACUUUAGCUGCGCCGCUACUCAUCAAUGCAUGCAGUUAAAGACAAUUGGACCGAUCUGCAUCUGCAUACCUUUCCUUCGAGGUAAUGUCAGAUGAAACAGUGUGAUACUGUAAGAAAACAAUAAUAACCCAGGGAGGAGGGGGAAAUAAAGAUCGGAGAGGAAAAAGCAACAACAACAAAGCGACACCAGGACUUCUGACGGCAAACUUAGCGAACAAGCCCUCAGAAAUGUUUCCAUUCAAUGCAACUAUUUUCUUUUUUCUGUUGUUGUUUUUGUUUCUUGAAGAAAGAAAAAAAUGUUUGUAUGAUCAUAUGCCAACAAAUCUCCACAAGGUGGACACAGCACCAAAUAUGCAUUAACACAAGUGGUAGGGGGGUCUGUGGGAGGAGGCGGGGUCUUUCCCGAGCAGCUUCCUGCCCGAUGCUCUCCCACAUCCUGUGUAAAGACUUGAAACAGGGAGAGAGUGCCGAUGAGGAAUGCUAGCCCAGAAGCUUGGUAGCAUGAAAUCGGCCGUACAGUUCCUUUAAUAUAGAGCAGCAACUUACAACCAACCUGUUGGUGCUUCAUCCCAUCUAUUCAAAGACUUGACGUACGGGGAGGAACAUACAUACAAAUAUGGUUAAGCUAUUCCCUCCUUCAUAUUUGUAAGUGUGUCUUUUUAUAUAUUCUUAUUUUUAUUAUUAUUAUUAUUUCCUGGCCAGCUAUGUGUCUGACUAGACAUCAUGUACAGUACUUAAAAAUAAAAUUAUUUAUCUAAGAAAGAAUUAUAAGCUGAUCCAAACUAGGUUUUCUUUUGAACAAUUCAGUGACUCGCACAGCAAAGUGUAUUUGAUUCAGUGUAUUUUUUGGGAAUAUAAUCACUAAUGAAUGUUUUUUUCUUUUCUUUAAAUGAACCGUUACCUUCUGUUGCUCAGCAGGGUCAUCUGUAAGCUCCGUGCCCAGCAGGCGAGUUUCAGCCUCAGGUCUCUGGUCAUCUUAGGUCACUGCCUCUUCAGUCCGGUGAACCUCUCACCCCUCAAUAAGUCACUUCUCUCCAUGCACACCCAUCCGUCCCGCCUCAGUCUGUUAGUGCAGAGCCAGGGUCACGUCUGUAAUGUCACUUUUUUAAAUUUGCGAUCAUUAUUUCUUCCCUGCUGAUCACGCUAAGAAUCUCUCUGUUCACGGGUCAAUGUAUUUUGUUUUUCAAAUUUAUUAUUAUUAAAACUGUUCAUGAUACUUAACUAGAGAUCACACCGCUAUUAUUUUUCUCUGAGAAAUUAAAUGAUUUUGAUUCAAAAUAUAA